UUUUCUUAUUUGCAGAUGAGAUAUACUUAUUAUAAGAAUCAACAAUAUGACCGUAUCAAAAGCCAAUGCCUAAUAAACAAAAAGUUGUUUGAAGACCCUGAAUUUCCUCCAUCUGAUGAAUCAUUAUUCUUUUCUAAACCAUCAUUUUCUGCAGUAUGGAAAAGACCUGGAGAAAUAUGCGAUGACCCACAAAUGUUUGUUGAUGGUGCAAGUAGUGCUGAUGUUACCCAGGGUAGAGUUGGAAAUUGUUGGUUUGUUGCAGCUGCUGCAUCGUUGGCUCUUGAAAAAGACCUUUAUACUAAAGUGAUUCCAAACCAUAAAACCUUAACUUUUAAAUCUGUAAAACCAGAAGACUAUCUAGGAAUUUUUAGAUUUAGAUUUUGGCGUUUUGGAGACUGGAUAGAAGUUGUUAUUGAUGAUCGUCUUCCUACUAUUAAUGGUGAACUAAUUUACGUAAAAUCUAAAUCAAAAAAUGAAUUUUGGAGUGCACUUUUAGAGAAAGCUUAUGCCAAAUUAGCUGGUUCGUAUGAAGCUCUUGAAGCUGGAAAUCCUGCUGAUGCUUUGGUUGAUUUUACAGGUGGAGUAAGUGAAACAAUCGACUUAGUAAAAGAAGAUUAUCAUAAUAAUUUUGAAAAGAAGAUGGCACUGCAUGCUAAGUUGCGCAAGUUGAUGGAGCGAAAGUCAAUGAGUAGCGCUUCAAUCAAAGUUACAAAUCGAAAUGAAAUGGAGCUUCAAUUGGAUACUGGUUUAAUUAAAGGACAUGCAUAUGGAAUCAGUGCUGUCAAAAAAAUUACACUUGGGCAAAAUUUUUUCUCAAGUUUUAAUACCGAAACUUUAUAUUUGGUCAAAUUAAGAAAUCCCUGGGGUGAAAAAGAAUGGAAUGGUGCAUGGUCUGAUGGAUCUGCAGAAUGGAAAAAACUAAGUGUCAAAGAAAGAGAAAAAUUGGGAAUAAAAAAUGAAAAUGAUGGUGAGUUCUGGAUGUCAUUUGAUGAUUUCUGCAAACAUUUCACAAAUAUAACCAUAUGCAUGUUGGUUAAUACAUCAGUUAUUUCUUUUAAUAAAACUUAUCAUGAAGGUUCUUUAAAAAGUAAAUGGGAAGGUAAUAGUGCUGGAGGAUGUGUUAACAAUAAAGAAACAUUUCUUCGAAAUCCUCAAUUCCGUUUUGAUAUGACCACAAAAGCUACAGAUGUGGCAUUUAUUAGUCUCAUGCAACCUGAUAAAAGAUCAGAAAAGGUGAAAGGAAAAGGAGAAAAUUUAACUAUUGGAAUGAUGAUAUUUAGAGUUGAAGCUAAUCGCAUCUACCGAAUUCAUCAAAAUUAUGAUAAAGCUGGUGAUAGCACCUUUAUUAACUCAAGAGAAAUAUUUAUUAGGCUUGAUCUUGAUCCUGGAAGAUAUGUUAUAAUUCCUUCAACAUUUGAAGCUGGUAUUAUCGGAAAUUUUUUGCUCCGUGUUUACACAGAUCAAAGCAAUUCUUUCAGGCAAUUAACUGAAGAUGCACCUGUUCCUGGUUGUUGUCCUUUUAUUCCUUGGUGUGCUCCCGCUCAUUUGCAAGUGUCAGUAAUAGUUACAGCAGUAAAUAAUUUAAAGAAAAAAGGAAGCACCAGCAUGACUGUUGAUCCCUACUGCAUAAUUGAGUGUGAAGGAUGUAGUGUUCGCACACCUGUUGUCACAGAUAACUUAAAUCCUACAUUUAAUUAUGGUGGCAUCUUUUAUUUGCGUAAACCAGAAAGUUUGCUCAAAAUACAGGUAUGGGAUGCCAACACAUUGGUGCCUGAUACCUUUCUUGGUGAAAUUAAUAAUCCAAUAGAAGUCAACAACAAAACUGUUCUUGAAACCCAUUCUCUCAUGGAAAGAAAAGGUCGCGAUGGAGCAGUUUCAAAAGCCGAAGGAACAAUAUCGUUUAAGAUAACUGCUUCAAAUAAUUUAACCUUUCUGUAAAUAUACUUUUAUCUUUUAAUGAUUGAUAAAUGAGAAAUGAGUUGAAUAAUCAAUUCAUUGAGUUCAUCAGUUCAUUGAAUUUACAGCUUCGCAUUUAUUUUCUGAACAUGUUUUUCAUCUUAUAUAAACACUUAUUUUUGUUUUUCACUUGUAAUUUUUUUAAGAUUUUAAAUCUUACUUUAUUUAUAAAUUAUUAUAAUUGUAAAAUAGUAUUUUUUAACGAUUUUUUUCUGAUCGUGUUUUUUUUUUUUUUUUUUUUUUUGUUAUUGAAGUUCUUUAGGGAGAAUAUUGUUUGGGGCGAAUUAUUGCUCUGCAAAUUUCAAAUAAUAUUUUUUAAUUUAAAACUGAAAAUCAUUUUUCAGAAACUGAUUUCGACGCGGAUACGGAUUGUGUUUUCUAAUCACGUUUUUCACGCAUUAAAAUUUUUUCUUAAUUUGCAAAGCACAGAAUUAUUUAUUGAAGAAGUUAAUUGAAAAGAUUUAGGGAAAUUCUUUUUUCUUUUAAUUUUAAGAGUUUUAUUUCUUUUAAAUUAUUUUUUCGUAUUUACUAUUUUUUUUUUCAUUCUCUUUUA